AUGUCGCCUCUUGUGGAUAAUCCGUUGAUCGCAUCUGCGACUCUACACAAUCCCUUGCCACUUUCCCUGCAUACUUACGUCUGGCCCUUUAUUAUCAUAUGGCCCAUUUUCUUCCGGUUUUAUCUCUCCGAUGACCUCUACGAUAAACAUAUUGGAGGGCAGGAAUGGACAUUUGUUUGGUGUGGUACGAUAAUCACGGCGCAAAGUCUGGUCUGGCUGAGCACCAACUGGAACGUCAAUCUCAAGGCCCUCUUCACGUCAACGCGUGUAAAGACCGUUCAAGAGGCAAAGCAAAUUAAGGUUCUCCCUAUUGUGAAUGCUGGAUCUGCGGAUAUUUGCCCGAUAGUUAGAGACAAUGCUGGCGGCAAGAACAAUGUUUCGUUCCUUUUCCAGAAACGCCGGUUUCUUUACGAUGCCUCCAAGAAUACCUUUAAGCCCCUGACAUACGCGAUUGAUGCCGAACCGAAACCGCAGAUCGAAGAAUUCCAGAAAUCCCGAGGCAUAAGCUCUGCUACCGAGCUCUCCAGACUUCAGCAGCACUAUGGCGACAAUACCUUUGAUAUCCCUGUCCCGACGUUUGUGGAAUUAUUCAAGGAACAUGCGGUCGCGCCAUUCUUCGUAUUCCAGAUUUUCUGCGUUGGAUUGUGGAUGUUGGAUGAAUACUGGUACUACUCGCUGUUUACUCUCUUCAUGCUUGUUGCAUUUGAGAGUACUGUUGUGUGGCAACGCCAAAGGACACUGAAUGAGUUCCGUGGAAUGAGCAUCAAACCAUAUGAUCUCUACGUCUUCAGACUAAACCAAUGGGUGGAAAUCCAGAGUGACAAACUUCUUCCAGGCGACCUUGUCUCUGCCGGCCGCACAAAGGAAGAUAGCGGGGUUGCCUGUGAUAUGGUUUUGGUUGAAGGAAGUGUUAUCGUUAACGAAGCCAUGCUUUCUGGGGAAAGCACGCCAUUGCUGAAAGACUCUGUUCAACUUAGGCCUUCGAAUGCGAGAUUAGAGCCAGAUGGUCUUGAUAAGACUGCAUUCCUCUAUGGCGGUACGAAGGUCCUCCAAGUCACCCAUGGAAACAGUGGAGACGAGCGUCCUGCACUUGUUUCGGGAGUUCCACGCCCGCCGGAUGAUGGUGCCCUGGCUAUCGUUGUCAAGACUGGCUUCGAGACCUCUCAGGGAAGCUUAGUCCGUACGAUGAUUUACUCUACCGAGCGCGUCUCCGCCAACAACGCCGAAGCCCUCCUGUUCAUUCUCUUCCUGCUGAUCUUCGCAAUCGCUGCAUCCUGGUACGUGUGGGAUGAGGGUGUCAAGAAGGAUAGGAAACGAUCAAAGCUCUUGCUAGACUGUGUUCUCAUCAUCACAAGUGUCGUUCCUCCCGAACUGCCCAUGGAACUUAGUCUUGCAGUGAACACCAGUCUUGCAGCUCUUAGCCGCUAUGCCAUAUUCUGUACAGAACCUUUCCGCAUUCCUUUUGCCGGGCGUGUUGACGUUGCUUGUUUUGAUAAGACAGGCACGUUAACUGGCGAAGAUUUGGUUGUCGAGGGCAUUGCCGGUCUCGGUCUUGGGCAUAGUGGUACUGACACACCGCGCGAAAGCGAUGGUGCUCAUAGCCAUAUUACACGGGUGCAGCAAGCUGCGUUGGAGACCACUCUUGUUCUCGCUACUGCUCAUGCCCUUGUCAAGCUGGAUGAUGGUGAAGUGGUUGGGGAUCCUAUGGAGAAAGCUACUUUGACAUCCCUCGGGUGGACUCUCGGCAAGAACGAUAUCCUUACAAGCAAAAAUAUGACCGCUCUUAAGGGAGCUUCCUUUGCAACCGCAUCCAAUACCGUUCAAAUCAAACGCCGAUUCCAGUUUUCUUCCGCAUUGAAGCGCCAAAGCUCUGUUGCAACUGUCACGGCCCUUCAUCCAGAAACCGGCAAGAAAGUCAGAAGCACAUUUGUGGGUGUUAAGGGGGCCCCUGAGACAAUCAUGAAGAUGCUGGUCAAUGUCCCUGCGGACUACGAAGAGACUUAUAAGUAUUUCACAAGAAGAGGUUCGCGCGUUCUUGCUUUGGCUUACAAGCACCUCUCUGUCGAUUCGGAGCUUGGCUCAGGAAGGAUAAAUGAGCUCAAACGAGAAAAUGUCGAGGCUGGGUUACGUUUCGCUGGAUUCUUGGUAUUGCACACUCCUCUUAAAGAUGAUGCUAAGAGUUCGGUCCGCAUGCUUAACGAGAGCAGCCAUCGGGUGGUUAUGAUUACUGGUGAUAAUCCUCUCACCGCUGUCCAUGUUGCUCAUGAGGUUGAAAUUGUCGACAGAGAUGUCUUGAUUUUGGACGCCCCGGAACAUGAUGAUUCUGGCGAGAAGCUAGUUUGGAAAACCGUCGAUGAACGAAUCUCUAUUCCUGUGGAUCCAACCAAACCUAUUGACCCCAAAAUACUAGAAUCGAACGAUCUUUGUGUUACUGGCUACGCAUUAGCAAAGUUUAAGGGCCAGCCCGCAUUAUCAUCCAUCUAUCGAUACACCUGGGUUUAUGCCCGAGUUUCACCAAAGCAGAAGGAAGAAAUAUUAAUGGGUCUGAAAGAUCUUGGUUAUUAUACACUCAUGGCAGGUGACGGCACAAAUGAUGUUGGCGCUCUAAAACAAGCCCAUAUUGGCGUAGCCUUACUCAAUGGAUCCCAAAAUGAUCUCAACAAAAUUGCGGAACACUCGAGAAACAGCAAGAUGAAGGACUUGUACGAAAAGCAAUGUCAAAUGAUGCAACGCUUUAAGCAACCCCAGCCUCCAGUUCCGGCCAUGAUCGCCCACUUGUAUCCUCCUGGACCUGUCAAUCCUCACUAUGAGAAGGCAAUGCAACGAGAACUGGAGAGGAAGGGAACUGCACAAGCUUUAGAAGAGGCUGCCUCGGUAAAUACAAUCGAAACGGUUACGUCGCCAGGAGCACAAGCUCUGAUUAACGGGAGUAAUCAAAACCAAAGGGUUCCUACAGAAGCUCAGAAGAAGGCCACCAAUCUGGCUGAAAAAUUUACAGCAACCAUGAUGGAACAGGAACUCGACGACGAUGAACCGCCAACUAUCAAACUCGGUGAUGCAUCUGUCGCGGCCCCCUUCACUAGCAAGCUUAGCAAUGUCGUUGCAAUUCCCAACAUCAUUCGUCAAGGCCGAUGCACACUUGUUGCUACUAUCCAGAUGUACAAGAUUCUCGCGUUGAAUUGUCUCAUCAGUGCAUACAGUCUUAGUGUUCUCUAUCUGGAGGGCAUUAAAUUCGGGGACGGCCAGGUAACGAUUAGUGGGAUGUUGAUGAGCGUUUGUUUCCUAUCGAUUUCUAGAGCCAAAUCUGUUGAAGGCCUCUCCAAGGAACGUCCCCAGCCAAACAUCUUCAACUUCUACAUCAUCGGAUCAAUUCUAGGCCAAUUUGCUAUCCACAUUGUUACCCUGAUCUACAUUGCUCGUUUCUGCGACCGACUUGCUCCACGCUCCGAGGACGUUGACUUGGAAGGAGAGUUCCAACCUUCGUUAUUGAACAGCGCUGUAUAUCUCCUGCAACUCAUCCAGCAGAUCUCGACCUUUGCUAUCAACUACCAGGGUCGGCCAUUCCGCGAAGCUCUAUCAGAAAACCGCGGUAUGUACUGGGGUAUUAUUGGUGUCUCAGCAAUUGCAUUCUCCUGCUCGACGGAAUUUAUUCCUGAGAUCAACGAGAAGAUGCGCCUGGUCCCAUUUACAUCAGAAUUCAAGUACACCAUGACUGCGACCAUGAUUAUUGAUUAUCUUGGUUGUUUCGUCAUCGAGAAGGUUCUCAAAUUCUUAUUCAGCGACUAUAAGCCGAAAGAUAUCGCUGUCCGGAGACCUGACCAAAUAGCAAAAGAGCACAAGAGAAUUGCGGACGAGCAAGCAGAGACGAUACGACGGGAAGAGGAGAAAGCUGCAAGAGCUGUUGCAGAAUUAGAGGAGAAGCUGAGGGCUUCAGGGAGAGCAUAA